GAAAACACCAAAAGCCUUACCGCUCACUUGUUUAAGCCUUCUUCAAGCACCAUUAACCCUUUAACUAUCAUAUCUUCAGAGAGCAAGAUGGUAUGAUUGUCAAAUAAAAUCUCAACAAAUAUGAGAAACUUACAUAUGAAUUAUCAUGCACGUUCAGACUCUAAAGGCUUAGAACUAUAUUAUAAUAAUUUGAAGGAUUCACUAAAUGAAGUUUAUGUAGAGCUAAGAAAAGAUUUUUUUUCACAAGAUUUAAAAGAAGAAGAGGUAACAGAAGUUCGAGCUCCUUGGGACGAUUUUGCCAACAAAGAAAUUAUCCGUUCGCGAAUUAAAAACUUAAGUUUGAAUGAAAGAACUUUUUUAACGCCGCCUCCUAAAGACAUUUUCUUUAAUUUAGAAGAAGAAGCCAAUAUUCGUAAGGCUAAAUUAUUAUUGAAGGAAGAUGAACAGCUCCGCAGAGUUCGAUAUCGUCUUGUUCCUUCUAAAAUCAGCGAGGAAAACUUUUGGAGAAACUAUUUCUAUAGAGUUGAUCUCAUCUUGCAAGAAAAUCUUCCAGCAAAAGUAAAAAAUUCUGAAGGUGACCUAAAUUCUCUUGGUAAAGUAGCUGUGGAGAAUUUCCAAACAAAACAUAAUUCUUCUCAAGACGAAGCCCAGAUGCACGGAUCCUCCUUCAACAAUUCGAACAUUGAAAAAGAUGAAUUAGACGAAGAGUUGGAUCGUAUUAGUGUUCCUGACGAUAGUCUUAACGACGAUUUGCUUGACGACCUGAACGGAUUUUGAUUUUGAAUUGGACUAAAACUAGUUUUUAG